UUCAUAUUUUUCAAGUUCACAUUUGUAAGUUACUUACUCAAACAAAAUGACAGGACGUGGUAAGGGAGGAAAGGGAUUGGGAAAAGGUGGCGCCAAACGUCAUCGUAAAGUGCUUCGUGAUAAUAUCCAAGGUAUCACCAAGCCCGCUAUUCGCCGCUUGGCUCGUCGCGGAGGCGUCAAACGUAUUUCUGGAUUGAUCUAUGAAGAGACUCGAGGUGUUUUAAAGGUCUUUUUGGAAAACGUUAUUCGUGAUGCUGUCACUUACACUGAACACGCCAAGCGUAAGACUGUAACCGCUAUGGAUGUUGUCUACGCUUUGAAGCGACAGGGACGCACUCUCUACGGCUUUGGCGGUUAAAAACCUUCUUCGAAUCUUUGGCCAAUUAAGCAUGAAUAUGUAUUCAUUGAAACAAAACAAAAAAUCACAGCUUCUAUUAUUAUACAUAUAAUCAAGCAAAAGAAAUUUACUGAAAAUCGAAUUGACUAAAACACAAAAUAUUCCACUAAUUAUAUAAAUAUGGCUGAAACUGACACUUAAUAUAAUCCAUUCUUGCAAGGCCUAAACUA